GUUGCAGCGCCGGUCGUGGAGGUUUCGGUGCCCGAAGCCGGGAGCGCGGAGUCGUUCCCGGGAGCGCCGGCCAGGCUAUGAUCGCGGGUCCCCGGCGGCCCGCUCCGGCCAACCAGAGUCCCCGUCUCAGCUUGUGCCCGUGCCCGAGCGGUCUCCUCAGCCCGGCCCCGCGGCGCAGUUGGCGGCGGCGCCCGCAGUGCGCCCCCUCCUCCGAUGGCGGCAGAGAUCCAGCCCAAGCCGCUGACCCGCAAGCCGAUCCUGCUGCAGCGGGUCGAGGGGUCUCAGGAGGUGGUGAAUAUGGCCGUGAUCGUGCCCAAGGAGGAGGGCGUCAUCAGUGUCUCGGAGGACAGGACUGUUCGUGUGUGGUUAAAGAGAGACAGUGGACAAUAUUGGCCAAGCAUAUACCAUGUGAUGCCUUCUCCAUGUUCAUGCAUGUCUUUUAACCCGGAAACAAGAAGACUGUCCAUAGGUCUAGACAAUGGUACAAUCUCAGAGUUUCUUUUAUCAGAAGAUUAUAACAAGAUGACUCCUGUGAAAAACUAUCAAGCGCAUCAGAGCAGAGUGACGAUGAUCCUGUUUGUCCUGGAGCUGGAGUGGGUCCUGAGCACGGGACAGGACAAGCAGUUUGCCUGGCACUGCUCUGAGAGUGGGCAACGCCUGGGAGGUUAUCGCACCAGUGCUGUGGCCUCAGGCCUGCAAUUUGAUGUUGAAACCCGGCAUGUGUUUAUUGGUGACCACUCAGGCCAAGUAACCAUCCUCAAACUGGAGCAAGAAAACUGCACCCUGGUCACAACAUUCAGAGGACAUACAGGUGGGGUGACUGCCCUCUGUUGGGACCCCGUCCAGCGGAUGUUGUUCUCGGGGAGCUCCGACCACUCCGUCAUCAUGUGGGACAUCGGUGGGAGAAAAGGAACAGCCAUCGAGCUCCAAGGACAUAAUGACAGAGUCCAGGCCCUGUCCUAUGCACAGCACACGCGGCAGCUCAUCUCCUGUGGUGGUGACGGUGGGAUUGUCGUCUGGAACAUGGACGUGGAGAGGCAGGAGACCCCUGAAUGGUUGGACAGUGAUUCCUGCCAAAAGUGCGAUCAGCCUUUCUUCUGGAACUUCAAGCAAAUGUGGGACAGCAAGAAAAUUGGCCUGAGACAGCACCACUGCCGGAAGUGCGGGAGGGCCGUCUGCGGCAAGUGCAGCUCCAAGCGCUCCUCCAUCCCUCUGAUGGGCUUCGAGUUUGAAGUGAGGGUGUGUGACAGCUGCCACGAGGCCAUCACAGAUGAGGAACGUGCACCCACAGCGACCUUCCAUGACAGUAAACAUAACAUCGUGCAUGUGCAUUUCGAUGCCACCAGAGGAUGGUUACUGACUUCGGGAACUGACAAGGUUAUUAAGUUGUGGGAUAUGACCCCGGUUGUGUCUUGAUGCCCCUUCCAGGCACCAGAAAGAUAGUAUUUACUCAAGAAACGGUUGUUCUAACCUAAAUCAUGACUGGAGCUGUAAAGCAGAUGGGUGAGUGGUGGGAGAGAAGCUGGAGAGCUGAGCUGAGCUUGCAUGUGACCCGCACACACGGCGGUGAGCGGUUGGUGAGCUCUUGCGAGGGAACUCUUGCAACUUGUCCAAACGAUAUAAAAGAGGAUAUUUUUUUAACAAGUGGUUUAUACAGUCUGGCUGUGCUACCUUGUUUUGAGUAUACUGCAAACUCAGUGUGGGGUGUUUUAAGUUUUAUAUUUUUCACCACUUCGUUUUAGUUGUUGCUUUGUGUGUCGGAGAAAUGAGGCGUGUAUAAAUGUUCAGGGUAUUUUCGGUAGUUAUAAAGUAGUUUCCGUGUUUCCUUCACUUGGAUACGUAUCUCGUGGUCGGCAUCUUUUUCUCCUGUAUGUAUCCACCCUCAGCUUCAUCUGCUGUUCCCCGGAGUGUACGUACUCACAGUUUAUUUGCAGUGUUUCUGCUUUCGUAGAAAUUCCCUUCCAUUGAGAGGCCUGGAAAACCAUUCGUGUGGAUUUCCCAGCUGACUCUUGAAUCGCCUGAAGAGUGAUCCGUUUGUGAUAUCGAGGUCUUACAUGUUCUCAUGGAGUGGAAAUGACCUUGUGUUUCUGCCUCAGUUUUUCUCUGUCUUUCCCACAUUAAAAAAAAAAUGUUGUGAGAAAGCCACUCCCAGCCACGAAGUAGAUUAUCAUAACUCAGACCUUCAACUCUCAGUGCCUGGAUCAUUUCUAUUUCAGCUGGAGCUUUCUGAGCCUUUUAGGUUUUAGUUUUAUUGACACAGCUCUCCGUCGCUCUUCAUAUUAAAAACAAAACAACAAAA